GCUUUUUAUAGUAAUAUUGAUUAAGAUGACUGUAUUUGAAGUUGAACUUUUUCUAGUAUGACUGUUCGACCAUAUAGGGGAUUCUGAUUCAUGGUCUUUAUGUAUUUUACAUUGUUAAGAAACUUGUGUGCAAUAGAAUUCGCUUGCCUUCUUUCUGUUUUAUCGUUGUAGUGAUAACUUGUUUCACUUUUGUACAAGGUUAGUCCUUGAAAUUUAUGAGUUAAUGGUAUGAAGUAGGGGGAAUUUUCUGCGUGGAAGCGAGUAAGAACUGUAGGAUUUGAUAUCAGACUCAUCAUGUAGGAACUUGGAAGGAUAUAGACUUUUGUUUGGGAAAAUUCAUCUUCUCUUAGUUUUUUUUUUUUUUUUGUUUUACACUCAAUUUUUCUCUCAUUUUGCUUUAGCCGUUUAUAAUUUGCUAUCUAGUAUUUAGUCAUCCAAAUAUUUUAAGGAAGAAAAGCUUUUCUAGUAACCAAUGAUCAAGGAAAUGGAAAAACCUUCUGGCGAGAUGUGGUGAGGAGCACAAGGUACACCUUCUAGGAUGCGAAAAAAUGUGCUUCACUGUAAGUAGAUGAGGGACUUUGUUAUUAGUGUAGAUACUUUCUUAUAUUCCAUCUUUCUAUUAGAUUGAUUAAUAUGUCUUCAUAGGGCAUGUGAAAGUUGCCUAUUAAUCCUGUCAUUUUAUUUUUGAACAUCUUUAGUGAGGGAAUUUUUAUACUUUUAAAGGUCGAAAUGCCUUAGAAAUAGUACAGGGGCAUUGUUAUAUGAUGAUGCGGAUUGUAGAAGAUACUUGCUCGUCUGUGUAGUUUUCUUGAUAAGACAAAAGAAGAUACUUGCUCAGCUCGUAAUUCUGAUGUCUCAGAUUUCUAUGUCAAAUGUCUUAAAUAUUACAGAUGCCAUCUGCUUGAUUUAUUGCAAAUCUUUUACAUAAAAUUAUGUCCUCCUUGAAGUUGAGAUACUAAAUGUGUAAUGAUUUACGCUUCUUUAUACUUAAAGCAGGUCAUCUUCUUGUGCUGAGUGGGACAUAAAAGACCCAAGAUCCACUUAUAAUAGGCCUUAGUCUGAGACCAACAUGCAAGCGGUUUCUCAUUGUUAUCCUCUUCUUCACUUUUUCGGAAGAGGCAGGUCCAGUAAGUUGAGUAAUCAUACGACUCUAAAAAUUUUGAGCUUGAACCGGAUUCCCCAGAAAUUUGACUUUAAUCAAGGAGCUCAGAUCCAGAAGGUUCUAAAAUCUUGCAAACUGAAAAGGUUCUGUGUGAUUCCUAACUCUAAUGAUGGUUAUCCAAGUCUCUCUGUUUCUGAAGAGGACACAACGACAUCUAUAAAAGACACAUCUAUGGCGGAAGAAUGGGAAAAUGGAGGAGAAACGUUCUUGAGUAAGUGGUCACCUCCCAGGUACUUAUGGAGGGGAUUAUCAGUUCUUAUCUUGGCAGGGCAGGUUAUUAUUAGGAUCAUAAAGGGUAAAAUCCACUGGAGGAAUACUCUUCAGCAGUUGGAAAGAGUUGGACCUAAAUCAGUGGGUGUAUGUUUGUUAACUGCAGCUUUUGUUGGCAUGGCCUUCACUAUCCAGUUUGUUAGAGAAUUCACUAGAUUAGGGUUGAAUAGAUCUGUUGGUGGAGUUUUGGCCCUUGCCUUUUCAAGAGAGCUAAGUCCCGUUGUGACAUCAAUUGUAGUUGCUGGGCGUAUCGGUAGUGCAUUUGCUGCAGAACUGGGCACAAUGCAGGUAUCUGAGCAGACGGACACGCUUAGAGUUCUUGGUGCAAAUCCUGUUGAUUAUUUGGUGACACCAAGAGUGAUUGCUUCCUGCAUUGCCUUACCAUUUUUGACCCUAAUGUGCUUUACUCUUGGAAUGGCAUCCAGCGCCCUUUUAGCUGACGGUGUUUAUGGAAUUAGCAUAAACAUAAUUUUGGAUUCUGCUCAGAGAGCUCUUAGAUCAUGGGACAUUGUCAGUGCGAUGAUUAAAUCACAGGUGUUUGGUGCUAUUAUAUCUAUCAUAAGCUGUGCUUGGGGAGUCACCACAAUGGGAGGUGCCAAAGGGGUUGGAGAGUCUACUACUUCAGCAGUAGUUUUGUCUCUUGUUGGCAUAUUCGUAGCUGACUUUGCUCUCUCUUAUUGUUUCUUCCAGGGUGCUGGUGAUUCCCUGAAGAACUG